AUGCUCCUCAUGCUCGUCAUCCUCGAGGGGAUGCGUCGAUACACCCAACACUAUGGGGGCCUGGUUCUCAUGGAGGACACGGACGAUGUCUCCGAUCUCCAGUCAUUCGCCUACAAUUACGUUCCGAUCAUCAUUGCCCUAGUCCUUGUCAUCCUCUGGUCUUUCAUUGACUUCGAUGUCCUCCGUCUCGAACCGUAUUUCCAACUUUCCCGACCGGAAGGUGCCCCGGCCUCCGUCCUCUUCAUCAACUACAACUUCGGUCAGACCGUGAUCACGCCGCUGACAUCUGCAAAGCGCGGCCACUGGGCUGUUCUAUUGGUCUCAAUCCUCAGUUUGCUCAUUCGUAUGUUACUGCCGGCCAUGCAGAGCACCCUGCUGGAACUGCGUGAGGUGACAGUCCUGGAAAAUGAAGAGAUGAAAACGUGGCCGCAACUCGUGGACCUUGAUACGCAGGGGCGGUGGAUAUCCAGCCAGGAACAGACCGGGUUUGAGGCCAGCCUCCAGCUGGCCGGCGGCGAUGACAGUCUUCGAACCACCCGUUCAAGCCGUUAUGCAAUCGCCCCCGUUGAGAUCCCCCGGGAUGACCACCGUGAAACCACCGUCUGGACUGUCAACCAGACCGUCUACUGGGUACAUCCUUCGUGCCGCAACGUGCUCACCAAUGACAGCUUGUCAGUGACCAUCAACCAAACUGAUCCGAAACUCCCCACCCUUUCGUGGGAUGUCACCGGCUUGCAGCUGCAAGACCCCGACGGGGAUGCCCAUGAAUGCUCACUAGACUUUAGCUACCAGAGCGUUUUCUUUCCGGCCACCGACUUCUUACAGGUCCGCUAUUGGGAACCUGUACUCUCCAAUCGAACCGCCCGUGCAGAUAAGAGAAGAAGGGCCUUUACGGCUCGCGGCUGCAACCCGUUUGAUUUGUACGGCGUGCUCAUCUCGGUAAACGCGACAGAGGGACACGCCGAAGCCAUCACCGACCUGGCACCCCAAUUUACGUCCUCGGCCACCAUGUUUGCCUGUAGCCUGGAUUACCAGCGCGCCGAAGCCGCGAUCUCCAUGCAUGCCAAUAGUUCCAUCACGUCGAUUAAAUUGUUUAAUGGGACAGACCGGCCACUGAACCACAGCGAGUUUAAUGUCGAUGAAUUUCGCAGCCUCCUCGCCCAUCGUGCACCCUACACCAGUGAUAUUAUCUUUAUGCAAUACAAUCACACAGUGGACGACCGCUUGAUUACCCAACUCCCCGUGAUCAGUCAGAACAUGGGCGAUAUCGAGCCUGUCAUCGUGCUCGACGACUCGACCAUGAUGGACCAGGAUGAGUUUAAAAACAAGGUCAUGCGCGGCGCCCGACAGACCUUUAUUCUCACUAUGAAUCGCCUCUUCAAUCCCGAUGUGCCGCCCACGGUGAUACCAGCGUUGCAGUUAACGCGCCAAGUUGCUAUCGCCGUGGUCAACUUCGCCGCUCUGGGCUCUGAGGUCAUCCUGGCCUUGGGCACUCUCAUGACGCUGACCAUGGUCUUCUUUUACCGCAGCCGAGCGAACAUUCUGCAGGGCGACCCCGGCUCUAUCGGUGCUAUGUGUAGCAUGGUGACGGACGUGUUUAGUCCUACCAAUAUUCUAGCCGACCCGUCCUCCGACUUUCAUCAGUUCUCAACCCGCCAGCUGCGCAUGCACCUGCGGAACUACCGACUUCACUGGUCCCACGGCCCCCUAGGACGGCGAGUUGACCUUGUAACCAAUGAUGGUUCGCCGGUGAGCCUGGGAGACCAAAUGCGCACGCGGGUGGAUCCUCGCCCGCAUUUCUUGGUGAUCCCCAUAUUUAUAGUUGAAUUCCUCCUCCUCGCCGCCGUGAUCGCCGUGAUGUCUUUGAUCAUUGCGUCGCUAGCCCGCGAUGGCAGCUUCCAGCACCUCACGCAGUCCGAUUCUAGUUUCUUCCAGAUUAUGCUCUCGUUCAUGCCGUCAUUGGUCGCGUCCGCGGUUGGCGCGCUCUGCAACUCGAUCCAUCGCAACAUCAGUAUCCUCGAACCAUGGGUCUAUCUGCAACGGGGAAUGGCCACGGCACGAUCGUCUUUGUCCAUGAACUACGCAGCCCAAAAUCCGUGGGCGGUGCUACCCAAAACCGUUCGCGACCGCCAUGCGCUGUUGGGCCUGGUGUCUUUGGCCUGCGCCGCAAAUACCGUCCUCACGGUGGUCGCGGGUGGGCUAUUCACCCAGCAGCUGACUACCUCAUGCCUCCCCACUAAAACGAUUGUUACCAACUACAGCGAAUCGAUCUUCCGCCGGACUGAUUUUGCGGCCGACUUCACCGAGUAUGAUUUGAUCCAAACCAGCAUCACCAGUGGUGUACCAAUGUUACCGUGGACGAGCGCCAAUUACUCCUUCGUGCCCCUAAAAAUCAAUAAUCGCGAUAGCGAUGCUCUCUAUGGGGCGACAACUCUGGGGAUCGGGGCUGAGCUUGAAUGCCGGCAACUCUCCCUUGCCGACAACCUGGUGACCAACCCGCGCACAGGGGAUCUCGCCUGGAAAUACCAUCCAUUCCAGAAUACGAGUCGAGUGUGCAUGGCGAACAUGGGCCCACUCACGCACAAUAAGUGGAAUGUGGCCCUGUCCAUUCACUUUCUCUCUCCGGUUGCGGAGGAGGACCCGGACGAGUGCCAGACAUUGACCACGGUGAUUGUCGGGCGUUGGAAUUACACGGCACAUGCCCCCGUGACCGACGUGAACACCAUUGGACUGCACUGCGAGCCGCGCGUGAGAAUCAAAAAGUUCGACCUGCAAUUUAACCGAAAGGGUAGCAUCCAGGAGCACUCGCCCGUCUCCGGCACCGAGAUCACUGGCGGGCCCAUGUACGACAACGCCACGAUCAGCCUAGGCCAGUUUAACAAGGUAUUUGCCGCGAUACCGCAGAGUUUUGCGGGCGACGAUCCGGACGCUCACCAGGGGUAUGUCUCGUCAUACGACUGGGCUGGUUUCCUUGUGGCACGCCUGUACAAGCAGCAGGAGACGAGUCUGACUCCUCUGGUGGCGGAGGAUCUCACGCACAUGUCGCAGAUUGUCUACCAGUGGGUUUACAGCACCUACUUCUCCCUCUGGCGGGCGAACUAUCUGCAGCCUUUGAAGAAUCAACCAACGGCGGCCAACGCCACAGUGAUCUACAACACAUGGGCCAUGGUGCCGUCGGUGCCAUCCCUGGUGAUCGCGCUGCUUAUCAUUGCGCUCGACACGCUGGUCGUGCUGGUGGUUUUUGGUAUGCGUCGUGGCCGGUUCCGAGGACCGCGCAUCCCGCGGUCGAUUGGAAGUGUGAUCCCCUGGCUAGCUAACAGCCGCAUGCGCGAGGACCUGCGUGGCACGAACGGAUGGACGACCCGGCGUCGGAGGGAGUACCUCAACCGGUUGGACAAGCGGUAUGGGUUCCGCAUGUUCCUGGGUCCCGACGGACGCUGGCGCUACGCUGUGGACGAGGAGCCUGCGGAACCUACGGAACCUGCGCAGAAGCCGCCAACUGAGGCACCGCCGGACGCUGUCAAGACCGGCUCCAUUGAACUGCGCGCACUGGAGGGACCGGAUGAGACGAGGCGAAGCCUUCAUGAUUGA